AUUCGAUGCUAUGUUCUGAGUAAUUCUUGACAGCUCGCUCCCCAAAUUAAAAAGGGAUAACAGCAAAACAAGUCUUGGGAUCAAUAGCAGUAUGGUUAAUGUCGGAGGUCCGAGUAAGGGCUGCCUGACCUGUAUCCGGAGGAAGAUCAAGUGCAAUCGUGGGCAGCCAACUUGUCAGCAAUGCCAGAAAGCGAAUCGACAUUGCGAAGGUUAUCGUGAUGUGACGGAGCUCAUGUUUCAAGAUCAGUCUCAAAAAGUCAUUGCUAAGGCUCAGGAAAGUGCGCAUGUUCAACCACAGCGUCCACACCCACACGCACAAGACAUGACUCUAUAUCACAAGCCUUAAACGCCACCAGUGUAAGCAAAGCUACCAGCUGCAGUUUGUCUGAUGAGUCUACGGUGAGCCGUUCGCUUAGAACUUGCGAGGAGACCGGCUUGGUCGACUUCUUUGCAAAUAAUUUCACCUGCAAUGACGCCGUAGAAAUGAGAAGCAACCUCUUCUGGAUUCCACAAAGCUUCAAUGACUUGCUAAAAGAUGAUUGCGCGAAGCUCAGCGUACAAUGCGCUGGGGCCAUGGCCAUUGCACGCUUGAAAAGAUCUCAAUAUUUUCUUCGUGAGGCGCAGAAAAAGUACGGAGUAGCAGUACUCGGUCUGGCCCAACAAUGGCAGACUGGCGGGUCAGCUGGCCAGGACACCACUUUCAUUGCCAUUCUUUUCCUCUGCUUCUUCGAAAUACUCGCAUGCUACGAUGCUUCCUGUCCGAAGGCAUGGAGAGCACAUCUGUAUGGUCUCGGAAGCCUCUUUGAGCAACGAGGAGAGGAAUAUUUGCGUACUGAGUUUGGCGCCCGCAUUUUCCGACAAACUCGUAGUCAGAUUAUUGUCAAUGCCCUACAGACCAAAGUGUCUGUCUCGGGAGUAUUUAAAAGCUUGCCCGACUGCCGUUCGGUACCAACACGAUUUGGAAAGGCUGACGAAGCGGAUAUGUUGCUUGUACGCCUGUGCGAGAUCCAAGCACGAAUUAGCAAGCCAUAUAGCAAGGAAGAAUUGCGGUUGGACGCGAGUUCCCUUGAAAAAGACCUCCGUAAAUGGGCACAGUCGAGUUCACCAUGCUGGACCUAUUCGGAGCAUCAAAAUAAACACCAGUCAAGUCAUUGGUGGGAUUCCCGCUGCGAUAUCUACUUGUCAACCUUCACAAUGCACGUCUGGAACAAGGUGAGAGCCUCGCGGAUUGUUCUUGACGGCAUAAUGAGAGGAUUGCCACCAUUGCAAGCCGCGGAUGGCAGUGUCUUGUACUAAGACACUCUCGACAAAACUCCAAUUUUAGAGAUGCACAAGCUGGUCGCAGAUAUUUGUGCAACGGUUCCCAUGUGCUAUCGUCCUUCAGCUGUAAACGUGAAUUUCGAUCAAACGGACGUUCCCCGGCUUGGGGCGACGUAUUGGUGGUUAUGGCCAUUGGAAAUAGUUGGCUCCAUGAAUGAAGCUGCACCAGAAUUAUUACACUGGGUUGUGCAGUGCCUGGAGCGAAUUUUCGAGAUGACUGGCAUCAAGACGGCCCAGAUUGCUGCUUGCAGGCUGAAAAUGGGUGAUUCCGCCACAUAUGAACCGUCCAUGAGAUAGCUUCUAAGAUACACAUGUAAAUUUUAGAAAGUGUCUCAUUGUCUCUGUCAUGUGUUAGUUGAUGUCUUCAACUUUAUUCUCUUGCGUUUAGACUACGUACAAUCAACGUCGGGAUGUCAGUAAGGCAGUGAUAAAAUCAUUGCAUGCCUGAG